CUGAGUGAUAUUGUGUAAGGUGUAGCGUCAUUAGAGAAGUGAGGAUUUAUUUUGUUGAUAGGUUUCAGGAAUCCUCAGUACUUUUGCUAUUAAAUGUACAAUUUUGAUCAUGUUUGUGUUGUUCUUGUAGUUUAUUGUUGUUGUUUUGUAAUCCAGCCGCUUCUUUAGCUGGCGUGAGAAUGUCCUCAAGUAUCGUAGUAAUUUUUUCUCUAUUCAGUCUUACCUGAACGCUGUGAAAUUUCCGGGCUCGGUUUCAGCGCGCGAUUGGCCAGCACGAGGUCUUACCGACAUGCAAAUGAGGGCGCGCGCGUUACACCCGCCCGGUGAGCAGCAGGAGAGCGCGCGGACAGCCGAGCGAACCGGGGGUGGAAUGCACACUCUGCACGAGCCGCGACUUUUACAUACACACACACAUACACAUACACGCACAUACACACUUCUACACACAAACACACACAUACACACGCACACACACAUUUUUAUACACACACACAUGCAACUUUAUAUCGUUAAAUGUAGCCUAAUGUAGAUAUUACACAUGGAUCCGAUUCGUUUGGCCCUGAUUUAGUUAUUCUAGUGUCGUGAAACCGAUUAUCCUCAACUGUCUGAGCCUCCCGGUAUUUUACAUUGUUGGCUUUUUUUUUUUUUUUUUCGUUUUGUUUUUUCCUUCCUUUUUUUUGUUAUGAGGUGAGAAUGAGCACGAACUCGCAGGACAAGUGCGCGAGCGCUCCGGUUUCCAGCUUCACCAUCCGCUCCAUCCUGGGCGCACCGGCCGACACGGGAAGCUCUGGGGACGGGGAUAACAAGAGUCCUACGGCGGCGACCCCACGGAAGCGCGCGCUCUCGGUGUCCGUGUCCUGCUCGGAGGAUGAGGCGAGUGGAGCGGAGGCGGAGGACGCGACGGACUGCUGCUGCUCAGAGCCGGGACUUCCGGAACCGUGCAGCCGGCACCGCGCGCUCACGUUCCCCUGCAUCGGUGCGACUAAAAGUCUUCUCCCGAGACAGGAGAUAGAUCGCGCGCACCAUCAUCACCUGGCGCAGUCGUUAUUACCGGAUUACCGGGAUGAGCAUCAGCGCGAGAGGGAGAGGGAGCGCUCGUGCGGUCGGGUAUCUCCCGUGUCCGUGGAGCAGCAGCGCGAGGGAGCGGAGAAGCAGACUGUAGGUACAGGAGGAGGAGGAGGAGGAGGAGGUGGUGGUGGAGGUGCAGGAGGAGGAAGCGCAGCGAAGAAGAAGACACGCACGGUGUUCUCGCGCAGUCAGGUGUACCAGCUGGAGUCCACGUUCGACGUGAAACGCUACCUGAGCAGCUCGGAGCGCGCGUGCCUGGCCUCCAGCCUGCAGCUGACUGAGACCCAGGUGAAGACGUGGUUCCAGAACCGCAGGAACAAAUGGAAGCGGCAGAUCUCCGCCGAGCUCGAGGCGGCCAACGCUGCGCACGCGUCCGCCGCGCACGCGCUGGUCGGCGUCCCGCUCGUGCUGCGGGAGAACUCGUUGCUGCGCGUUCCCGUGCCGCGCUCCAUUGCGUUCCCGACGCCUCUCUACUACCCCGGAAGUAAUCUACCCCCGCUACCCUUGUACAAUCUUUACAACAAAGUCGAAUAUUAACUUUUCACGCAGUACAAACAAUGACUUAUCAUCAUCAUCAUCAUCAUCAUCAUCAUUGUUAUUAUUAUUAUUAAUUAUUAUUGAAAAAAAAACAAUACGGUUGAUGAAGUCCACAUUUCUACCCACAUUUCUAAUUAUGCAGCGACGAAACGACCAUGUGUGUAAACAACAACAACAACAACAACAACAACAACAACAACAACAACAACGGAAACCGGCGGAGCGUCUCUUCUGUACAUGUUCUAUAAAAUACACCGUGUGUAUACUGGAUUAUUUUGUACGUUUAUUUACAUUUUCUGUCUCUUUAUUAUAACCAAUUUUAUGCGUUAUAUGUGAGGACGAAAAAAAUGGACUUUGUGCUUUGAAGGAAAAAGGAUUAAAAAAUAAAAGUGAGUGCAGCAAUGAAAAGGAUUUAACACCCCACAGUGUACAUGAGUGAGAGAGUGAGAGAACGUGAAUGAGAGAGAGUGAAUGAGUGAGAGAGAGAGAGAGUGAGAUAGAGUGUGUGUGUGUGAGAGAGAGAGUGAGAUAGAGAGAGGAGUGAGAGAGA